AACUUGCACAAUUGGUGACUGACUAAAUACUUUUUUGCCCCGCUGUACAUACUACAUAUGUUAAUCUUUAACAUUUUAUUAAUUUCAUCAUACAUGUGCCACACUGUCCACCCUUAAUAUUAAUACAUUUUCACAUUUAAGAAAUACUCACCAGCCACUUUAAUAGGAACUUGUUUUUGAUUCUAAGAUCCCUGUUCUUGGCUGCAGGAUGCUGAGAUGCUUUUCUGCUCACCAUGGUAAUAAAGAGUUGCUAUGAGUAAUUAUAUCCUUCCUGGCAGCUCAAACCAAUCUGUCCAUUUUCCUCUGACCUCUCAUCAACAAGGCGUUUGUUUCCACCCACAGAACUGGCACUCACUUGCCUCAAUGUUUUUUUGUUUUUUGCACCAUUCUGUGUAAACUCUACAGACUGCUGUGUGAAAACCCCAGGAGAUCAGCAGUUUCUGAAAGACUCAAGCCAGUCCAUCUGGCUCAAACCAACACCUACGCCACAGUGAAAGUCACACUUUGAGAUCACAAUUUUUCCCGUUCUGAUGUUUGAACAUUAGCUGAAGCUCUUGAUUUGUAUCUGCAUGAUUUGAUGUACUGUGCUGCUGCCAAGGGAUCGGCUGAUUAGAGAACUGCAUCAAACAGCAGGUGGAUGGGAGUUCCUAAUAAAUUGGCCGGUGAAUGUAUAAACUUGGUUAUCGAUAUGAAGACAUACUGACGGUGUCUGUAUCAGACUCACACUGCACUAUUUUGAAAAUGAAGGAUGUACCUGUGCCAGAAGACUCCUUACAUGACGAUGUGUCAAGGAACCUGGAAUUCAGUUCAGACAACAGUCAGAUGUCUUCAUCAGGCAGAAACGAUGCUAUUUUAUCUCGGAUGUUGGAUACAUAUGACUAUAUGACUCUGCUGUCACCAACAAAUCUUUUAUCUGAUGACCAGUUGGCCCCUGUGUCGCCUGUCCAGCUUUCGUAUCAGCAGCACGACUGUAGCCCCGCCUGUCUCCCUCACCUCCCGUCGCACUCGGACCACUUUCUCGGCCACAACCCCUUGCGAGUGCCUCUCCUCUGUCACUUCCAGCGGCAGUGUGCCAAGCCACUCAUGCUUUCAGCACAGGAAGAAUUGGACUUGGACGUGCUCUACAAAGCCCCGUGUGGGCGGGGCUUGCGCUGCAUGGAUGACGUGUAUCAGUUCUUACAGCAGACUAAAAGCCUUGGGGUCCUGCAGCAGACCAACUUCAGCUUCAAUCCACAGGUACUGCCAGAGCGGCAGGCCCAGCCAAGACCACUUGCCCCUGCUUCACCUCUUCCCACAACCAGUAUUUUUGAGAGGGACAUAAGCCGUGGGAUGGAAGCUGUCCCGGUUACUCUCUGUAAUGACUUGGAUGGUGUACGGCCGAAAGAGUUCCGCUAUCGUAAGGAUCGCUGGCCCCACGGCUGCUUCUUAAGCAAGGCGCCAUUUUUCCUGACCUGCUGUGACUGCACGGAUGGAUGCACGGACACUUCCAGCUGUUUGUGUCUUCAGCUGUCUUUAAAGGCCGGUGCAAAGCCAGACCAGCUUUACAGCCACCACCGACUAAAUGAGCCUGUGUCCACGGGGCUGUAUGAAUGUGGUCCAUGGUGUGGGUGCCAGAAAAGCAGUUGUCAGAAUCGUGUGGUUCAGCACGGACUCCGUGUCCGCCUGCAGGUGUUUCGCACCAAUGACAAGGGAUGGGGCGUGCGCUGCCGUGACGACCUCGACAAGGGCACCUUUGUCUGUACUUGCGCAGGUGUGGUCUUCAGACUCGAGCAGAACUUAGAGGAGCCCGUUCUCUCUAAAAUCCAGAAGGAGGAGCAGCUGUCGGACGACGAGGUGGAGGUGGUGGAGGAGUGGACGCUUCCUUCAGGGCAGAAGAAAACAGUCACUGAGACACUGGACACCUCUCCACCUCUUUAUGUUCCUGUCAUUCAGAGGCCUGCAGACCAGCCAUCUGCACCGCUGGAUGGGCAGAGGGAACAGCUGGAACACUUGGAUAACCAGGAGGAAAUGAACACCUGUUCAUCACCUAAUCCCAAUCACACAGAAGUCAAAGCCCAACAUAAUGAAGGGGUGGUGAGGAAGAGGCUCCGGUUGGAUGACGAGGGAAAUGGUGGUGUUGUACGUCAAGAUCAGAUGGUUCCUAAAGCAGAAAGGAAACCUGGCUGUCAGGAAAAAAUGUAUUAUCUUGAUGCCUCAAAAGAAGGAAAUGUGGCAAGGUUUAUUAAUCACAGCUGCAAUCCCAACCUCUUUGUCCAGAAUGUCUUUGUUGAUACCCACGAUCCCAAAUUCCCAGUAAUUGCUUUCUUUACAUGCAAGCCAAUCAGGGCGGGGACUGAGCUGACCUGGAAUUAUUCCUAUAAAACAGGAAGUGAUCCUGAGCACGAGGUACCAUGUUUGUGUGGUUCGAAAAACUGCCAAGCGGUUAUCAUCUGAUCAUAUGACCACACAUGGGGAAGGUUAGGUCACCAAUCAGGGGAAACAAUAAGAUGUAAGGCACAGGAAAGCUGGCACAACUGUGGAUAAGAAAUCUGUGCCACGUGGUUCAUUGGAGUAUUUCAGUAAUAAAAGCGAACUGGUGAAGACGGUUGGUGUUUGAUGGUAUUUGUCUGGUGAUUCUACACGGUUCUACUACAAACUGUUAUUCUUUAAUGGUUAGUAUAACAGCAAUGUUUUGGGUUGUUUUUUUUUUUAGUACAAUCUUUGAAAUAAAAGAUUUCAGGGGAAAAAAAAAAUGUCUGGAUCUUUCACAGCUUUGACAUGUUUGCACUCUUGGGUGCUAAUAUGGAAUAAAGAUAUACUGAUCCUCAAACCAUUGUUCUGUAAAUGCACUGUGUAAUGUAAUUUAUAGUUUUAUGAAUUAAAACUGUAUGAAAGGUC